AUGGAUCUUCCAACCCCAUUCGUACACAGGAGUUUGCGGCAUGAAGCAUCAAUCCGGGUCCUAGUGCUUCGUCCGUCACCCCGCCGCAGUGCUCCCAUACGCUGCGAACUUCAAGAAAUCAGUCUAGAGGAUGCGCCAAGCUAUGAAGCCCUGUCCUAUGUCUGGGGCUCGCCGACGGGGACGCAUCCGAUCUCGUGUGAUGGAUUCACCAUGCUCGUAACCCCGAAUUGCCGGGACGCCUUGAUUCACCUCAGGCGAAGGGUAACCAGAAGGAUACUGUGGGUUGAUGCUAUAUGUAUCGACCAAGGGGAGUCAGACCGCAGCAAGAAAGAGCGCAAUACUCAAGUCGUGCAGAUGGGAAAGGUAUACCAAACCGCGCGGCGCGUUGUCAUCUGGCUCGGAACUGCAGACCAGGGGACGCGCGGCUUGUUUUCCCGACUAAAAUUAGUUACGCCGUAUGAUUUGGCCUUCGUAUUGAUGGAUGAGGUUGCAAAGCUCUCCGAAAUUACAGAAAAACUACCAAAAAGGAUCUCGAAGGCGGCGAGAGUGAUGACUUUCGUCGGCUAG